AUGUUGUCGGUGAUAAUACCUCUUUUCUUCUUCUUCUUCUUCUUCUUCUUCUUCUUCUUCUUCUUCUUCUUCUUCUUCGUACCAAGUCCAUUCCUUCCUGUCCUUUGUAACAAGGCCCUCUCCUGCCAUCUAUUUACAGAAGCUUUCUUCUCCUUCUAUAUGACCAUUCUAAACAUAAAUUUCUAUCUAUCUAUCUAUCUAUCUAUCUAUCUAUCUAUCUUCUUUCCGCUGACAACGAUAAAUACUGUCAAAUACUCUGUGUCUUUUACCUUCUACAUUGUAUGUAACUGCUUCUAUCUAUCUAUCUAUCUAUCUAACUAUGUGAAUCUAUUCAUAUCAGUCCAAGUUUAUUCAUAUCUAUCUAUCUAUCUAUCUAUCUAUCUAUCUAUCUAUCUAAGUUUAUUCAUAUCUAUCUAUGUAUCUAUAUAUCUAUCUAUCUAUCUAUCUAUGUCAGUCUAUUCAUAUCUAUCUCAGUUUAUUCAUAUCUAUCUAUCUAUCUAUCUAUCUAUCUAUCUAUGUCAGUCUAUUCAUAUCUGUCCAAUUUUAUUCAUAUCUAUCUAUCUAUCUAAGUUUAUUCAUAUCUAUCUAUCUAUCUAUCUAUCUAUGUCAGUCUAUUCAUAUCUAUCUCAGUUUAUUCAUUAUCUAUCUAUCUAUCUAUCUAUCUAUCUAUCUAUCUAUCGUUGUCCAUUCUAUUCAUAUCUAUCUAUCUAUCUAUCUAUCUAUCUAUCUAUCUAUCUAUCUAUCUAUCUAUGUCCAUUCUAUUCAUAUCUAUCUAUCUAUCUAUCUAUCUAUCUAUCUAUCUAUCUAUCUAUCCAUUCUAUUCAUAUCUAUCUCAGUUUAUUCAUUAUCUAUCUAUCUAUCUAUCUAUCGUUGUCGGUCUCUUCAUAUCUAUCUAUCUAUCUAUCUAUCUAUCUAUCUAUCUAUCUAUCUAUCUAUCUAUGUCAUUCAUUCAUAUCUAUCUAUCUAUCUAUCUAUCUAUCUAUCUAUCUGUCAGUCUUUUCAUCUCUAUCUAUCUAUCUAUCUAUCUAUCCAUCCAUCUCUAUUCAUCUAUCUAUCUAUCUAUUCAUAUCUAUCCAUCUAUCUAUCUAUUCAUAUCUAUCUAUCUAUCUAUCUAUCUAUCUAUCUAUCUAUCUAUCUAUCUAUGUCAGUCUAUUCAUAUCUAUCUCAGUUUAUUCAUUAUCUAUCUAUCUAUCUAUCUAUCUAUCGUUGUCGGUCUAUUCAUAUCUAUCUAUCUAUCUAUCUAUCUAUCUAUCUACCUAUGUCAGUCUAUUCAUAUCUAUCUAUCUAUCUAUCUAUCUAUCUAUCUAUCUAUCGUCUAUCUAUCUAUCUAUGUCAUCUAUUCUAUCUAUCUAUCUAUCUAUCUAUGUCAGUCUAUUCAUAUCUAUCUAUCUAUCUAUCUAUCUAUCUAUCUAUCUGUCAGUCUAUUCAUAUCUAUCUAUCUAUCUAUCUAUCUAUCUAUCUAUGUCAGUCUAUUCAUAUCUAUCUAUCUAUUCAUAUCUAUGUCAGGCUAUUCAUAUCUAUCUCAGUUUAUUCAUUAUCUAUCUAUCUAUCUAUCUAUCUAUCGUUGUCGGUCUAUUCAUAUCUAUCUAUCUAUCUAUCUAUUCAUUAUCUAUCCAUCUAUCUAUCUAUCUAUCUAUCUAUCUAUCUAUCUAUCAUAUCUAUCUAUCUAUCUAUCCAUCUAUUCAUAUCUAUCUAUCUAUCUAUCCAUCUAUCUAUCUAUCAGUCUAUUCAUAUCUAUCUAUUCAUAUCUAUCCCAGUUUAUUCAUAUCUAUCUAUCCAUCCAUCCAUAUUCUAUCUAUCUAUCUAUCUAUCUAUCUAUCUAUCUAUCUAUCUAUCUAUGUCAGUCUAUUCAUCUAUCUAUCUAUCUAUUCAUCUAUCUAUGUCAGGCUAUUCAUAUCUAUCUAUCUAUCUAUCUAUCUAUCUAUCUAUCUAUCUAUCUAUCUAUCUAUCUAUCUAUGUCAGUCUAUUCAUAUCUAUCUCAGUUUAUUCAUUAUCUAUCUAUCUAUCUAUCUAUCGUUGUCGGUCUAUUCACAUCUAUCUAUCCAUCCAUCUAUCUAUCUAUCUAUCUAUCUAUCUAUCUAUUCUAUCUAUCUAUCUAUCUAUCCAUCUAUCUAUCUAUCUAUCUAUCUAUCUAUCUAUCCAGUCUAUCAUAUCUAUCUCAGUUUUAUUCAUUAUCUAUCUAUCUAUCUAUCUAUCGUUGUCAGGUCUAUUCAUAUCUAUCUAUCUAUCUAUCUAUCUAUCUAUCUAUCUAUCUAUCUAUCUAUCUAUGUCAGUCUAUCUAUCUAUCUAUCUAUCUAUCUAUCUAUCUAUCUAUCUAUCUAUCUGUCAGUCUAUUCAUAUCUAUCUAUCUAUCUAUCUAUCUAUCUAUCUAUCUAUGUCAGUCUAUUCAUAUCUAUCUAUCUAUUCAUAUCUAUGUCAGGCUAUUCAUAUCUAUCUCAGUUUAUUCAUUAUCUAUCUAUCGUUGUCGGUCUAUUCAUAUCUAUCUAUCUAUCUAUCUAUCUAUCUAUCUAUCUAUCUAUCUAUCUAUCUAUGUCAAUCUAUUCAUAUCUAUCUAUCUAUCUAUCUAUCUAUCUAUGUCAGUCUAUUCAUAUCUAUCUCAGUUUAUUCAUUAUCUAUCUAUCUAUCUAUCUAUCUUGUCGUUGUCAUGUCUAUCUAUAUCUAUCUAUCUAUCUAUCUAUCUAUCUAUCUAUCUAUCUAUGUCAGUCUAUUCAUAUCUAUCUAUCUAUCUAUCUAUCUAUCUGUCCAUCUAUUCUCAUCUAUCUAUCUAUCUAUCUAUCUAUCUAUCUAUCUAUGUCAGUCUAUUCAUAUCUAUCUAUCUAUUCAUAUCUAUGUCAGGCUAUUCAUAUCUAUCUAUCUAUCUAUCUAUCUAUCUAUCUAUGUCAGUCUAUUCAUAUCUAUCUAUCUAUUCAUAUCUAUGUCAGGCUAUUCAUAUCUAUCUAUCUAUCUAUCUAUCUAUCUAUCUAUCUAUCUAUCUAUCUAUCUAUCUAUCUAUCUAUCUCAGUCUGUUCUAUCUCUUUUCAUCAAUAUUAA